AUGGCGAUAGUCCGAGCUGUCUACGCUCCGUGGUAUGCGAAAAAUAAAAUUGGAUUUCAUGUCACAGUAAUCCAUGUUACAGUAAGUUACGAAAAAAGUUAACGAGAAAGUGUCUUAGAAUAGCCCUUAGAAUAAGUAUUAUCAAUUUCAACCGGUUUGAAGCACUUUUAUUUUUUCAUGUAUUGAGCCCCUAAAAUUAUAUAAAUCCCGUUUUAACCUCGAAUACAGCUACCAUUGACAUUAAUAAUUGCUCAUGGCAAAAUAUACAAUCCUCUGAAUCACAAUAAAUUUAAUUUCCGACUUCUUUUCGAUAUUCGUACCCAGCCGGACUCGAACCCGGGUCGCUGGAUUGGUAGUCCCGACCACUAACCACUAUACCACGAAAUUUGUCGCAGCUUUUUUUGAACUUUUUUAAUUGCCUCUAGAGCAGAAUUUUAUGCUGAUUCCAAAAAUCGUAAAAUCGCCUGUGAAAUUUUCAGAAAGAAAGAUUCUACGGUCGUUUUUUAGCGGUCGAUGCAGUAUUACGGUAUGUUACAGUAGGGAAAUCGGAAAAAUAAUGAUACCAUCGUCAUCGCAAGGGUCGAAAACUUCAGUAACCGUCAAAUCAUCGCCCAAUAAGGUAAGAUACGACAGCUGGACGCGGUUACUUCUAAAACAGUAAAUUGUAAAAAAAUAUACCUUGAUGAAGGUUUUGGGAAAAAAUAUUGUUCGCUUUUGCUUAGCACCUUCCAACAGCCAUUUUAGUGCAAAAAACUCAAAAUCGAUUUUUUUCUAUGUCCACGGCUGACGCACUGACUCAGAAAUCGUCUUUUAAAAAGUCAAGUUUAUAGGUUGACCUUUCUACUAUACUAUAACAAAAUUUGUGGUACAAGGACUGAAGAAAAUUUCAGAGUUGAUCUCCGUCUACAAAUACGAACAUCAGCGCUCAAAGAAUACUAUUAUAUACCCAUUUCCGCCUAUAAUGUCAACUGUUGCUUGGAUUUGCAAGAUCUAGAAAAACAAGAUUAUAAAUAGGACGGAUGAUUUGACCUUCCAAAGAACGAGCAAUCAACAACAAAACAAGUUGAUACUAAAAAUAAAAACAGCAAAAAGGCUACUGUAACGAUGACUGGUAAAAACUUUGAAAGUUUGUAAACAGGGCUAAAAUUGGUGUGUGAAACGUUAACUUAACUUCAGAAUACCGCACCUAGGGUCGCUGGCUCCUGUAUGGUUUUUUAACAAAGAGAGUAGACGUCCCUUUUCAGGGCCCUAGAUUUAUCAGCGGCUCAAUGGUCUUGGAAAAAAAUAGCAACUACUCGGUUAACUUUUUGGGAGCCACUAGGCAGGUCAUGAAGAUAAAUUCGGUCGCGACUUUAUGUCAUGCUCCAAGAAGGAAGACGGUUUAUGCUAAUAUUUGGUUCGUAGUGAAUAGCUCUGUCACUACCCGAAGAGUUAACCGCACUGCCUUCUUUGGCGUCUCGUGCAACACCUUGAAAGACAGCCUACCGCCUAAUUUUAAGCGAAGUCGUAAUAAUUUCUAUUGAUCCUUUUGGGACAAAAUGUUAUCACAAGACUGUUGAAGGUGUCCUGACGUUGUAAACGUUCUACAUUAGCAUUAUGCCAUUCAAGUUCUAAACGCAUUGCAUGGCACUGCAAAAUGACCACUCAAAAUUUCUCUUAUUCAAAUUCAAGGUACUACACCAACACGCGAGCUGCGAGUUCGAUGCCUCUGGGUUUGAUAGUACUCUAACCCUACUACAGGUGAGAUAGUGUGAUACUAGCCAUACUGACUUAAGAAUUUCUGUGGAAUAAUGCAAAAAAAAUUUCAAUAACUUAGUUGCCAACCUAUAUAAAAAAAAUUAACUUUGACAUUUUCAGAGCCCCAAAAAAAAAUCAGAAAAAUCCGAUUAUUCAAAUUUCGAUUCCCAAAAUUUUCCCAUUCAGAAUUGCUGAAAAUGUGGAGUUGAUCAAUGAAAAAAUGCCUGAGGGAAAAAAGCCCAGGCCGCAAAAGAAUGGGGCUGAGAAAAAGGGAGCCGAAGAAAAGGGCGGAUCAGGCCGUGCCAUCGGCCAUUUCCACGAGCAAAAAAAAGCGCUGAGGGCCGAUUUUUAA